UGCCACGCUGGGUGCCCUGCCCAACACCAGCGGCCCGCUGACCCUGCUGCAUCAAGACCCCCUUGCCAACAGCCCCAGGGACGUCGCUGGGACCUGGGGACCCUCGGCCACAACAUGUUUGGCAGGAAGCGCAGUGUGUCCUUUGGGGGCUUUGGAUGGAUCGACAAGACCAUGCUGGCCAGCCUGAAGGUCAAGAAGCAGGAGCUGGCCAACAGCUCGGAUGUGCCCCUCCCAGACCGGUCGCUGUCACCUCCUCUCACCGCACCUCCCACCAUGAAGUCGGCGGAGUUCUUCGAGAUGCUGGAGAAGAUGCAGGGGAUCAAGCUUGAAGAGCAGAAGCCAGGACCCCAGAAGAACAAGGACGACUAUAUCCCGUACCCCAGCAUCGACGAGGUUGUGGAGAAGGGAGGCCCAUACCCCCUGAUCGUCCUGCCCCAGUUUGGGGGCUACUGGAUCGAGGACCCGGAGAACGUGGGCACGCCGACCUCCCUGGGCAGCAGCGUCUGUGAGGAGGAGGAGGAGGACGGCCUCAGCCCCAGCACCUUCGGCUACAAGCUUGAGAGCAAGAGUGAGGCCAGGGCCUACCGCAGGCACUUUCUAGGGAAGGAUCACCUAAACUUUUACUGCACUGGCAGCAGUCUGGGGAACUUGCUCCUGUCCAUCAAGUGCGAGGAGGCGGAGGGCAUUGAGUACCUUCGGAUUAUUCUCAGGUCCAAAGUGAAGACCGUGCACGAACGGAUCCCCUUGGCUGGGCUGAGCAAGUUGCCCAGCAUCCCUCAGAUUGCAAAGGCUUUCUGUGACGACGCAGUGGGACUGAAAUUCAGCCCUGUCCUGUACCCCAAGGCCUCCCACAUGAUUGUGUCCUAUGAUGAGCACGAUGUCAAGAACACAUUCAAAUUUGGGGUCAUUUAUCAAAAAGCCAGGCAGACUCUGGAGGAGGAGCUGUUUGGGAAUAAUGAGGAGAGCCCAGCUUUCAAGGAGUUCUUGGGGCUGCUGGGGGACACCAUCAGCCUGCAGGACUUCAAAGGUUUCCGAGGAGGCCUGGAUGUGACCCACGGACAGACGGGGGUGGAGUCGGUGUACACGAUAUUUCGGGACAGGGAGAUCAUGUUUCAUGUCUCCACAAAGCUGCCGUUUACUGAGGGAGACGCCCAGCAGCUCCAGAGAAAGAGACACAUUGGGAAUGACAUUGUGGCCAUCAUCUUCCAAGAAGAAAACACACCGUUUGUCCCAGAUAUGAUUGCCUCCAACUUUUUACAUGCCUACAUCGUGGUGCAGGCUGAGAGGCCGGGCACAGACGCUCCGGCCUACAAGGUCUCAGUCACUGCGCGGGAGGACGUGCCUGCCUUCGGCCCACCUCUGCCCAGCCCCCCUGUUUUCCAGAAGGGCCCGGAGUUCAGGGAGUUUCUGCUCACCAAGCUCACCAACGCGGAGAACGCUUGCUGCAAGUCAGACAAGUUUGCGAAGCUGGAGGACCGGACGAGGGCUGCCCUCUUGGACAACCUGCACGAUGAGCUCCAUGCCCACACACAGGCCAUGCUGGGACUGGGCCCAGAAGAGGACAAGUUCGAGAAUGGGGGCCACGGAGGAUUCCUGGAGUCUUUUAAGAGGGCCAUCCGUGUGCGCAGUCACUCCAUGGAGACCAUGGUGACCAGCCAGAAGAAGCCGCACAGCGGGGGCCUCCCAGGCAGCCUUAGCGGAGGCAUCUCCCACAACAGCAUGGAGGUCACCAAGACCACCUUCUCGCCUCCAGUGGCAGCGGCGACCGCGAAGAGCCAGUCCCGGAGCCCCAUCAAGCGGAGGUCGGGGCUCUUCCCCCGUUUGCACACGGGCUCCGAAGGCCAAGCGGACAGCCGGACACGAUGUGACAGCGCAUCCGGCAACCCCAAGGCUCUGGACAGCGGGCAUUCUUCUCAGGAGGUCAAGUCUGAGACCUCGUCCAACCCCAGCUCUCCGGAGAUCUGCCCCAGCAAGGAGAAGCCCUUCAUCAAGUUGAAGGAGAACGGCCGGGCCAACAUCUCCCGCUCCUCCUCCAGCACCAGCAGCUUCAGCAGCACGGCUGGGGAGGGUGAGGCCUUGGAGGAGUGUGACAGUGGGAGCAGCCAGCCGUCCACAACCUCGCCCUUCAAGCAGGAGGUGUUUGUCUACAGCCCGUCCCCGAGCAGCGAGAGCCCCAGCCUGGGGGCGGCCACCACCCCCAUCAUCAUGAGCCGGAGUCCCACAGAUGCCAAGAGCAGGAAUUCCCCAAGGUCAAACCUGAAAUUCCGCUUCGAUAAGCUCAGCCAUGCGAGCUCCAGUGCGGGUCACUGACGUGAAGGAGGAGCCCUUGCCUGUCAAAGGGAAGCCCCGAUUCUGUCUUGGAGACGGCUCCUAUCCUAGCAGUUUGGGGGUGCCAUUCACUACUCUGACCGUCACAGGCCUGUUGCUCCAUCGGCCACCUGCCCACCAGACCAGCUGUCUGUCCCAGUGUCCGACCAGCCACAGCCCUGCCCGCCCUUCGCCGCGGCACCUGCCAGCGCACCCGCCUCGGACAAGGCCUCCUCCUCCAGGCUCCCGCUCCUGACCACGCCAUGUGCUGUGUCUGGGUCAUUUGUUACCUUGUGUUUGUCCGCAGAGGCAAGUGUUGGGCGCGGGGGAUCUGGGUCCUGGGGACUCAGAGAGCCAAGAGGCACAGAGCGGAGCCAUGGGGAGCCCAGGCCCCCACAGGACUGCGCCGGGGACGGGCAGCGCUGGGUCCUGGACCGGCAGGCAUUUUGUGCUGGUGGAGGGAACACUUCUCCAGGGGCCAAACGUGUAGCUCCUCCAAGAUGUCCUGGUAGAAAUCGGCCCUGUGGCUCCCACAUCUCCAGAGCUAACAUGUUUGCUUCUGUGCUGGGAACUGACCAUCUUCUGACGGCGGGCCCAGGGCCGCCUCCGCCUGCUGGUCCUCCUGCCUGUGCGUCCACAGACCGGGCGUCCUUCUGACUGUGGUUGCCGUGGGAGAAGCCCCGCGGUCUCCCCUUUGAGCAGGUGUAGCAGGUGUUUUUCCCGCGGAGGGGCGGGCAGCCAGGAGAGAGGAGGAAUUGGGAGGGAGCGAGCCAGGGAGCACCUGGGCCUUGGCUGAGGGGAGACUCGAGGAUCCAGGUCUCUGCUGGGGGCGGAGGUUCCUGGAGAGCUUCUUCAACCCACCUCUUAGGGGAGAGCCGCGAGGUGAGGUGGGGAGGACGCUUCCGGGGUGGGUCAGGCCACGUGUGGGUGCAGAACUCAGGUAGGGGGAGGAGCGGCGCUCUCUGCAUUUUUAUGUUCUUGGCAUCUGUGGGGAGCUCAGUGCUGCCUGGGGGUCUCUCCAGCAACAGGGCCCUUGGCUUUGUUGGGCUUGGUCCCCAGGCCUCCCCUUCCCCUUUCCCACCGAGGGUCUACAGGCAGCUGUCACAUGGGAGGGAUUCCUGCAACCUGGGUGCCAGCUGUGUGCACGCAGUUCGGACACGGCCUGCCCGGCCCCUCUGCCAGAGCCCCCUUCCCAGGGUGAGCCAAGUGUCCUCGGAGCAGCCCCUCCCCCGCUCACCACCCAUCCAGUCUGCAGGCGGCUUCUGCUGCCUGGCCCCGGCGGGGUUCGAGACCUGGUGUCCUCCAGGAAAGCAGAGCGUGAAGGUGCUGGGGCCUCCGUGACGUGGGCCGCCAGGGUGACGCCGGCCCUGCUUCAAAGAGCAGAGGACGAGGAUUUCCAGCCCGAUGCAUGGGCUCUGGGCUUAUUCCAAGUCGAGGCAUAUGACGUGACGCCCGUUUCUGACCGAUGUGACAGCUGCCCCAUUGCUUUCGCAAUGAGAGCAAAACCUCAAUCCUUCCGCCCCGCCCACAUGGGCGUUGUGGGUCCGGUGUGCAGGCUGGUGGACCUCUCCCCUCACACUGUUUGGGAAAUGUGUUUACUUCAAGUGCUAGUCCAGUAGAGUUUAUUCUAGUUAGAAGGUCCACAAAUGUCUGCUUAGAUUUUAUUAAAAUUACUGUAGCAGCACCCACUGCUGGAGCGAGGCCUGCAGAUUGGGCCGCGUUCCGUUGGCUGGGUUUCUGGGGGGACCUGGCAGGUCAAACUGCAUUUCCUUAAAAACAAUUCCAGGGUCUGGCUUGCUUCCCUGGAGAGCUGGUAUUUAUAGCUGCUUGGUGGGGGUGCUGUGUUGUGUUGCGGCCUGGGGGUCCUCUGGGAUUUCCAGGUGGUCCCCACUCUGUCCUGCUUGAGAACCACAAUCCCACCUUCCCCACCACUCUGGCCUCUCCACCUGCAGCCCCCACCCCCUGGGACGGCUUUGCGCCUGCCUCUGAGCCAGUGGCCAGGACGGCUCAGGUCUGCCCUGAGAAUCAAGACCUGAGAGGAGGUGUCUGCCCUGGGUUUGCUAAUGGGGAUGCUCGGGGAAGGAUCUGAAAUGUCUCUCCCUCUGUGUCCUGACUCACCAUCUCUAGAAAGUCCUGUGGCUUUCACGAUGUCCACGACCAGCCCCGCCGAGGUCCCAGGGCUGUGGAGCUAAGGGAGACCCAGGAUCCACACCCCUCACCCCUCGGGACUGUGGGGCAGGCAGCUGGGGUUCCUAGGCGCUGCCUUCCCCACAAUCCCCUUGCAUUGGCUCUGGCCCCAAAUGUCUCCUUUUAUUGCCGCGCCCGGCCUUGAGGCUCGGAGAUUUGCUGCAGCCUCAUUGGUCCUUGUGACUGGACGCAUCCUGCUGGUGCUCGGCCGGUGUUGGAGGCAUUCUGUGUGUGGUCUCUGGACAUAGGAGUGUUCCCGGGACACGUCCCUGGCUCUGGGAACUGCCUGACUCACGGAAGCAACUCGUUGUCAGGCUCUGUAGGGCACCCAUAUGCCUCUGCUCAGAUGGUGCUUGAAAACAGGUGCAGAGAGAGCCUGAGGUCGGUCUUAGGUAGAGUUUCUGUCAUGAAUGGGAAAUGGCGUUUCUUUGGGUCGCAGGCUGAAGCUCUAACCGCUGAGCCAAACCGGCCAGGGCGAAAUGGCGUUUCUUAGAAACACUCGGUGGCACCACUUUGUCCGCACCACCCUGCUGCCCACGCCUCUGGGCCUCUUUUAGCCUCUAAUGAUUAGAUUUUAGCCACCCAGGUCAUCUUCCCGGUGAGACACCUCGGCCCCAGGAAGGGGAAAAGAACUGCUUCAGGUCACAUGACCAGCGAGUGGCAAAGCCGGGGUUAGGACACACCCAGGGCCCUUCUGCCGCACCCCCUGCCUGCUUGGCCACCCGCGGGCUGCGUUUCCAGGACCCUGAGUGGCGGAAGCCGGCGGCUGGGGUCUGGCCCUGCUGGGCCGUGUCAGCCAUGGAGGGUGCUGGCGGGGCCUCACACUCUGUCCUUUUCAUCAGGAGGGACAUUCCCUCGGACUUCUCCGUGAGGGCCCUGGGGUUUCGGAUGCAGCUUGGGCAAAGAAGACGAGGCAGGGAGGAGAGAACAGUGGCUUGUUCCUCAGCGACAUCGGUUCUUCAACUCUGGUGUGUAAGGAGGGGUGGAGGCCAGGGCAACCCUCAGUUUCCCCUUCUCAAGUUAGGAAAAGUACAAAAGGAAACUCUGAUUCUCCCUGCUCCUUACACAAGGGUGGUUAAUGGAAAUGUAGACUCAAGUGGCGAGGCGGGACGAGAGCGCGGCUCAGUUUCUUACCUGACCUUUUCAGGUGCCAACUCAAACACUAAGGUCUUCAUUCAGUUGUGAGCCCACAGAGGCAGGUCUGUUGUGGGGGAUGGUCGGGGUUCAAGUAGAUCUCAUGGCUGCAGGUGGCUGGCAGGGACCCGGCCACUCAGCCUGCUCAGCUCCCCACGACUCCUCCCCCAGCCUCUAGCUGCCCCUUUCUCAGAGGUGAGGGGGGGCAGUGGAGUUCGCCAGGGCUGUCCCCACGGCCUGCUGGGGGCUGUUGGGUCACCUACCAGCCCUCUGAUACCUGUUUUACCACUAGCCCCUUGCCCCACCCAACCCCAUGUGUCCCUUUGGGAGGAAGGCGACAACCCCCAGUAGGGCUAAGGACGGCGGAGCCCUGCCCAGGGAGAGGCUGCUGGGGCUCUGCUCUGUGCCUUACCAGCCCUGGGGAGAGGGGGUUCGGCUGGAAGACUGGAAUGUAAAUGCUCUUGUCUUUGAUUUUGUGACAUUUCUGCUUGGAAGGGUCAGCGCCCCCUUCCUGUCCCUUCGCAUGCGUACCAACUGUCCUGUGGUGGCCUUCCCCUUGGGCGCUCCGCCCGGGGGUGCUGGCGUUGACGCAGGAAGGGCUCUCUGUGUGCGGUAGAUCCCGGGAGGUGUAGCUUGGACACGAUGAUCCAUGUGGUGGUGACUUUUCUUUCUUCUUCGCAAGGGGGUGAUUUGUAGACCCUGCCUAUGUAAUGUAAAUAGUGUACAUUUAAUUUAUUGCUAUGGCAGCACAUUGUAUUUGUUAAUGUAUAAAACCAAUUCAAAGAGGUCGACAAAUGUAUAUUUUGUUGCUUAAAUGUGUCUUUGCAGAAAUUGACAAUAAAUAACAUA